UCCUCUCUCUCUCUCUCUCACUCCCCACACCCUACUACUCCUGCGGUGCGGGUGCGCGGCGCUCCUCCACGCGCAGCAGCAGCCGGCUCCAGUCCAGCUCCCGCCGGCGGCCAUGGAUACUUCGUGGAUUAUGAACGGGCUGGGUUUUGCCGAGAAAAUAAGAAGCGCAACUCGGUCGCUCACCCUCCGAUUCGGUGAACUUUUUGCGAGACCACGUGCCAGAUGCACCAACUGCGACUGCGACAUUGACGUUAGUGAUGUUUCUUUGGUGUGGCCAGCACUUCCUGCCGGUGUCAAAUUCGAUCCUACCGACCUAGAGCUUCUGCAGCAUCUACAGGGAAAAUCCAGCCUGCCGAAUUCAGUGUCCCAUUCGCUUAUUGACGAGUUCAUACCUACUAUACAAGAGAAGGAGGGGAUCUGCUAUACACAUCCCAAAAAUCUCCCUGGUAUGAAGAUGGACGGUAGCUGCCUCCAUUUCUUCAACAGAGUUCGGAAUGCGUAUGACACUGGUAACCGCAAGCGUCGAAGGAUCGUCGUCGCCACCGUCGGCGACGACGUUUCUGACGGCGGCGGCGUUGCUGCUAGCGGGAACAGCAGGUGGCAUAAGACCGGAUCGUCCAAGCCCGUAUUCGACGAGGACGGCGUGAGGCAGGGCUGGAAGAAGAUCUUAGUCCUCUACAGAGCUCCCAAGAAAGUCGGCGGCAAGCCAGAGAGCGAGAACUGGGUGAUGCACCAGUACCAUCUCGGCGCAAGAGAGGACGAAACCGACGGCGAGUUUGCAGUCUGCAAAGUAUUCUACCAGUCGCCGUUGAGGAAAAACGGCAGACCUGCUAAAACAGACGCUGCGGCUGCGGCUGCGGCUGAAUCCGAUGCGUCUGUUGGCAAAAUCAACCCUAGGACCCCGAUGACGACAGAUCCUCCCCGGCCCCGCCGGCUCAACAGCAGCCCGUGCAACACCGAGCAGUAUACCCCCAUCCAGGAGGAUCAGGGGGAGGAAGAAGAAGAAGAAGAAUGUGGCACGUCGAAGAUGAAGGCCGAACCAUCCGAAUGUUCUGCGUGCUAUGCUGAAGCAUCACCGACUAUUCCUACCUCCGACGAACCCAUGCAGGCCACGGAUGAUGCCCUGGACGCAGGACUCGACACACCUCUGCCCGUCGAUGGGCCUAGCAUGGACCUGUUCCAUGGGUUGCCUGACCUGGAUAACGCUCAUCCGUUCACUGGACUUGGCACAUGGAUCAGUUUAGAUGUGAGCUACCUUGUUUGUUCGCUUGUUGCAAUAGAUGGCAGGCAUGGCCACGAACGACGAGCUCAUGGGUUUGUGUCGUCGUCCGCAGGACAUCCUCGGACCACAGGAUGGCCUCGCGGCCUGGCCGGACGGAUUCCUCUGAUGCGACGCGAAGAAGGCUCGGAGCUGGCGGCAGCAGUGGAAGGAGCCAGUUCUGUUGUUAAUCGUCGGCUCGUCGCCUUGUGAGAUGAUGCUUCGUGCG